CCGUCCGGCGUUUCUGCUGAACUGCAGGUGGGCUCCGAGCUGCACAAGAAGCACGUGGUGGAGGCCUGGGGGGACCAGCUGGCGCACAAGCAGCAGCGGGAAGCGGCGGAGCAGGAAGAGAAGCUCCGCGCGGAGAACCGCUACGAGAGCGCGCGCAGAGGAGCCCUGGAGAGGCUGAAGCAGGAGGAGCAGCGGCGGAGGCAGGAAGAGAAGAAGCAGGCCGAGUUCCUGCUGCGGCAGAUGGAAGCGCUCCAGCUGCGGGAGGCGGAGGCCACCAAGCUGAAGGAGGAGGAGGAGAACCUGCUGAAGCAGCAUUGGGAGCUGCAAGCGCUAGAAGCAGAGCGGAAGCUCCAGGAGGAGCAUCGGAAGAAGCUGGAGCUUGGGCGCUUUCUGAAGCAUCAGUACCAUGCGCAGCUGAGGAGACGGGCCCAGCAGGUCCAGGAAGAGCUGGAGAAGGACAGGCAGAUCCUCCUGGCCCUGUCCAAGAAGGACAAGGAGCAGCAGCGCCUGCAGUCGGCACGGCGGGAAGAAGCUGUGGCCGCAGCGGCCUGGAUGAGGGGGGUCAUUGAGCAGCAGCUGCAGCUGGAAAGGGAGCGGGAGGCUGAGCUGGAGACCAUCUUCAGGGAGGAAGCUAAACAGGUGUGGGAGAAGCGAGAGGAGGAGUGGGAGAGGGAGCGGAAGGCCCGGGACAGGCUCAUGGCGGAGGUCCUGGCCGAGAGGGCACAGCAGAUCCAGGAGAAGAUGGAGCGGAACAGGCAGGCCCAGCAGGAGUCCGUGACGUUCCGGGAGCAGCUGAUCCAGGAACUCGAAGAGGCCAAGCAGCUGACGCAGCGGGAGCAGGAGGAGGCGGCUCUGCAAAAAACUGCUCGCAGACAGGAGCUGCAAGCCCAGCUCACGGAGCGGCAGCUGCAGGAGGAGGAGGAGCUGCAGCGCCAACAGGAGGUGGCAGCAGAGGCCCAGCUGCAAGAGCAGCGCAAGGAACAGCUGGAGGAGCUGGAGGCCAGGCGCAUGGUGGAAGCUGGCUAUCGCAACAAGUGCUACAGCUAUCCCAAAACCGCCUGGGCCUAAAGAAGGCAAGAGGGAGAGCCUGCAUUCCGGGCCUGGAUGGCUGAAAACCUGCUGGCCAGCUGGAGUGCAACCACCCAAGUCUUGAUGGUCUACUUUGAGCUGGCAGGGAAGGAGUGGUUCAAAGGAACGGAUGUUUCCAGGACAGACGAAGAGGGUGGCGGAAUGGGGCGCCCCAGAAGUGGUGUUUCCAGUCACUCAGCCCUCCUUCCUGCCUUCCCCUGAGGGGCAGCCGCUACCUGGCUGCUGUUGCCUCUGCAAAGGAAGGAAGGUGGUGGUGAAGCUGGGCGGGGUGCUUAAAAGGUCAAUAAAGUGCUGCUUUUCUUUUUUAAUCAA